AUGCGGGCCAAUGCCAGGGCCAGCCGCAUUCGGCCCAUCCUCGUAUGCACCGCAGUGGCGGCCAAUGCAAUAUGCGCCGGAGGCGUGUACAGCUUCCCCCUCAUAGCGCCCGCGCUCGUUGAGAAACUCAAGCUCAGUCAGCCCCAGCUCACCACGAUUGCAUUGGCAGGCAUGGCCGGCCAAUAUCCCUUUGCUGCCCUCGUCGGGAAGGCCAUCGACCGCUACGGACCUUGGUCAUGUUCCCUUGCCGCUUGCAUCCUCAACUCGAUAGGUUUCGGCCUCUUCGCCCAAGUGAUCGCCCAGACACCCCCGGAUGCCUCUCACCCAUCGGCAGGGGCGUUCCGUCUGCUCGUCCUGUACUUCGGGAUGAUCGGACUCGCAACUGUUUGCUCGUACUUCUCGCUCGUCUUUGCGGCGACAAAGACAUUCCCGCGAUACAUUGGGAUCGCCUCCGGGACAAGCAUGUCUAUAUUCGGGCUCUCGCCCUUCUUCCUCUCGGUGGUCGCCUCCAGGUACUUCACCCCGCGUGGCCAAACAUUGGAUGCUGCGGCUUUUUUCGGGUUCAUGUCUGCAGUAACGGGGGGCGUGCACCUAGUGACCACGCUAAUAUUCUACAUGAAUCCGGCACCGUGCCAGGAUCCUGCGGACGCUCCGACAGGGUCUGGAGAGGCACGAACUGCUGACGCGGACAACACUGACGCCUUGAACGCGCUUGAGGAAGCGGAGCCGCUGUUGGCGGACAGCAGUGAGCCGAUACCAAUGGAGCCUGCUAACGUCCACUUCGUGCCUGUACCGGAGCCGCAGCACGGGAGCGCGCUCGAGCUCUUCAAGGACCCCUACUUCUGGGUGCUCGCGUUGUGGAUGCUGCUCGUCGUCGGCGCGGCGGAGAUGGUCGUCUCGAACCUUGGCACGAUCGUGCUCUCCCUCCCGUCCGCCAGCGGCUCGAGCGCGAGCGCAAACGUCGCGACGCAAGUCCGCCUGCUCUCCUUCUUCAACACGCUCUCGCGCCUGCUCAUCGGGCCGCUCGCGGACGUGCUCGCGCCCGUCGCGUCCUACGUUGACAGCGUGUGGGCGUUCUCGCGCAAGCGCCACGCGAGCCGCGUGCUCUUCGUCGUUGGGGCCGCGCUCGUGCUCGCCGCGACGUUCGCGUGGCUCGAGCUCGCCGUCCGCACCCAGGAGGCCGCCUGGCCGCUCAGUGUCGGAACGGGCAUCGCGUACGGCACGACGUUCACCGUGCUCCCGGGCGUGCUGUCCUCGAUCUGGGGCCUGCCCAACCUCGGCCGCAACUUCGGCAUCAUCUCGUACACCGCGUUCGUGGGCACCACCAUCUUCUCGUACAUCUACGCGUUCGUCGCCGCGCGGCACGUGCCCCCGGGCGAGAACGCGUGCGCGGGCGUGCAGUGCUGGCGCGCGACGUUCUGGGUGGGCACCGCGACGUCGCUGCUCGCUUGCGGCGCUGCACUGUUCCUGUGGCGGCGGUGGAGACACAGGGUUUGA